GAUCAGCAGCUUGGCUUGCAAAGAGGGGGUAUAAAAACCCCUCCACUUGGGAGCAGCCUUCACAGAGGUCCCUUGGCUCCUAGCACGAUGGCGUCCCCUCAUCUGUUCCUCCUUUGCCUCGCUGGACUGGCAUUUAUGUCUGAGGCUAGCCCUGCGGGCACUGGAGAAUCCAAGUGUCCUCUGAUGGUCAAAGUCCUGGAUGCUGUCCGAGGCAGCCCUGCUGUGGACGUGGCUGUUCAAGUGUUCAAAAAGACUGCUGAGGGGACCUGGGAGCCAUUCGCCUCCGGGAAGACAGCUGAAUCUGGAGAGCUGCAUGGGCUCACCACAGACGAGAAGUUUGUAGAAGGGGUAUACAGAGUAGAGCUGGACACCAAAUCCUACUGGAAGGUCCUCGGCAUUUCCCCGUUCCACGAAUAUGCAGAGGUGGUUUUCACAGCCAACGACUCUGGCCAUCGCCACUACACCAUCGCGGCCCUGCUCAGCCCUUACUCCUACAGCACCACUGCCGUUGUCAGCAACCCCAAGGAGUGAGGUACCUGGCCCAGGAGGAUCUUGUCAAGCAGUAGCAGCCCAUUUGCACUGAAACAGUGUUCUUGUUUGAUAAACUGUGUUAGCAACUUGGAAAGAUGCCCUCAAACAGUCCUAUUAAAUAAACCACUUGUCAUUUCAUUCAAA